GAAAGAUAAGAGCAAAAUAUCUCAUUUUAAGAAGAUUCGUAUAUACACUAACACACGUUUAAAUAAGAUAAGAGGAAAGCAAAAGUUCAUAACAACCUAAACAGAUAGACGCUUUGUUCCCUCUUCCAUCCUCCUGCUGCUUCCCAUGGCGUUCCGAUCCGUGUUCGACGGCGGAGCCCUGCGGACCGAAUUCGAGAGCGCUGGCAUCAGCCCCCACUUCGUCCCCCUCAUCUGGAAGUACGUCCUCCACAACCCGGGCUGCGAUCUAAGCGACGUGCCCUCGCUUCCUUCGGCGGCGUAUCCUCUACUCAGCUCCAAGUUCCGGCCACUCACCUCCUUUCUCUCCUCCGCCCUCGACUCCAACGACCGACUCACAACCAAGCUCCUCAUCCGUCUACAGAAUGGCAACUCUGUGGAGGCUGUAAUUAUGAGAUAUGACACACGACAAGGAAAAUAUGAUGGAAAACCUCGUUCUGGGGGUCCUAGAUCAACCUUGUGUGUCUCAUCCCAGGUGGGCUGCAAAAUGGGUUGUAAAUUCUGUGCUACUGGGACAAUGGGUUUUAAGAACAAUCUUUCAUCAGGAGAGAUUGUGGAACAAUUGGUGCAUGCAUCUCGCAUCACACAUAUACGGAAUGUUGUUUUCAUGGGCAUGGGGGAACCAUUAAACAACUAUGCAGCUUUAGUGGAAGCUAUCCAGAUCAUGACAGGAUUUCCAUUUCAGCUAUCACCUAAAAAAAUUACUGUAUCAACUGUUGGGAUAAUUCAUGCCAUCAACAAGCUGCCUAUUGACCUUCCAACUGUGAAUCUAGCUGUGUCAUUGCAUGCACCAGAUCAGGAUAUUCGUUGCCAGAUAAUGCCAGCAGCACGAGCUUUUCCUUUGGGAAAACUUAUGGAUGCAUUACAGACCUAUCAAAAGAACACUCAGCAGAAAGUCUUUGUAGAGUACAUCAUGCUUGAUGGGGUCAAUGAUCACGAGCAGCAUGCUCACCAACUGGGCAAAUUACUAGUAACAUUUAAAGUGGUGGUAAACUUGAUACCUUUCAAUCCGAUUGGUAAUUCGAGUUGUUUCAGGACUAGCAGUGAAGAGAAUGUGAGAACAUUCCAAAAAGUUCUUAGAGGUGUAUACAAUAUCCGGACAACAAUUCGUCAAGAGAUGGGCCAAGACAUCAGUGGUGCCUGUGGGCAGCUGGUGGUGAAUCUUGCAGAACAAAGAUCAGCUGGUGGUGCAAGUAUCUUGAAGGACAUCGAGGAUCUCCAUAUCUGAUAUCAAUGAUCUUCACAAGUAACUAGUCCUCCUCCUUCAUGGUAGCGCUAUGUUUUCCAAGCUUUCUCCAGUUCUGCCAUUAAAUCAAAUAUCCAAGUCCUUUUUAUGGUUCUGCCUGCGCAUGAGAUGAUUUUUGAGUUUGUUCAGUAUGAUUGGCGCAACUAUUAUGUAAAUGCUACCAAUCAGACAUUUCACAAUUCAAGUGCCUCCAAAAACACUUGAACACAGACCUAAUUUUCUUAGGGAUCAAGUUUUUUCAUGAA